AGCCAUCUCGGGCAACUCGAGAGCCAUCUGACAACGAUUCCACGACUGGAUUGACAACACGAAGCUGUCGAACAAGCUUACGAUAAAUGUCGAGAUAAGCGAGUAUGCCACCGAAGCAAACCAGAGUGGAAGCCGACACGAUUGACCGCUCCGAAACUCCAUUACGACAGAAGAAGUUCCCAAAUCGUCGACGCAGUGUACGCUCGUCUGGUGUCAGCACACCUACUCCGCUGCGUCAACAGUCCACUUUGACGCAGCAACCGCACUGGACUGUAUCACGUACAUCACCCACGUCCGGGCAUGGAGACGAAGAUGAGGAGGAAGAUGAUGAGUACGAGGAGGACAAGUUGGAGAGGUCAAGACCAAGGCGGAAGAAGAGGAAGAGUGAAGCAGAUGGCAAGAGACAGACAACAAUGACACAAUACGUUCCGUCUUCGUCUGUUGGAGAAGUUCAAGAUGGGCCGACGGACCUCCUGCUACGCUUCGCACGGCUCGACUCAUUCGACGGUGUGAGAGACUCGCAGUCGCAAUCAAUUCUCAACAGAUCGCAGAGAGACCCACAAGUCGAAGAAUCAGACGACGAAAUGGAUGAGGAAUCGGGACAGGAAGCCGACAUGGGAAUGCAAACUCUUGAGGAGCAUAGCCAGGAGAAGCAACCGGGUUCAGAGCAUGGCGAUGAGAGAGUCGACUCGGCCUUCCCAAAACAACAAGCACGACAACGCCCGAGUCCAGAACUGUCAAUACCUGUCAUGAACUUGAGGACGCCAAAACGGAGAUUUAAAUCCGAGAUUCCAUCAUCCAAUACUCCACAGAGCGCAAUCAUAUCCAUCUGCUCGGCCAAGACAAUGCGUUCGCCAGAUCGUUCGCCUCUUAAGGGCAAGAGCAUGAACGCAUGGCCACAACACAACUCUGCCGAAGAUACACGUAUGAGUCCUGUUCCUGAAAGUCCUGUCAGGCCAAUCUCGCCCUUCCGCCUCUCGCCUGUCAAGGCUCGAAAUCGACCCACCUUUCGUAUACCGGACAAGCCUCCACCAACGCUUCAACAUCGCAGCACUAUACCAGACUCUGAAGAUACCGCUACUCAGGUGACUCCGCAUAAACAGAACAGGUUUCGCAGUCAGAUACCCGACACUCAAACGGAUCUGUUCGGCGAAGAGAUUGCACCUGUUACAGAGACACAAUUACCUCUCGACUCAUAUACUCAGUACGGAGGUGAAACGUACUAUGCCGAGAAUGACGACUAUGACUACAACUUUGACCCCGUCUGUAGUGCUCUUGACCGUGAUGCUGCCCGCUUCAUGCAGACACAACUACAGCGAGAUCGGCUGGGCUACGACGCGUUUCAUAAAGAGCGAAGCUUCCAUGGGGCCGAAGAAGACCGAGUCGAUGAACGCACCGAAGAAGUACAGGUCGAGGAAACUACAAAGCUCAGAUCAAUUCCAGCGCAACAGUCACAAGAACUUGGCGAUGACCUGCCUCUCCCGACCAUACGGCAUAGACCGCAAGAGGAAGAGUACGAGGACCCUCCAACACAAUCACCACACUCCUCACCACACCAACACCCUCGAGCACCAUAUACAUCAGACGACAUCGAGGAGUUGGACCUGACAGGCGACGUUGUACUCCCAAAGGCAUCGGUCAAGGAAGUUAUUCAGAUCCCAUCCUCUCCAACCAACAAGAGUGUCAGUAGCGGAAAGUAUCCGUCUUCACCACCUCUUGUUGUCGAGAAUGAUGCACGUCUCCGAGCAGAAGCUGAGGAAGCUGAAAAACAGCUCAACAAUACCGAGAGACAAUCAUCACCACCUCUUCCCAUCAUUCUACCAAUACCGCCCUCACAGGUUAGCACGGUAGGCGGCACACAGCUGUUCCACUCCCUGAAGAGAUAUCAUCGGAAGACUGGCUACGUUAGCAGUAGCCCACCACCACUUCCCCCAUCCACAUCAUCUCCGCCGCCAGAAGCAAGACAACACCUGCGCAAAUUCCUCGAAAUGUACGAUUCUGAUGAUGAGGAUGAGAUGGAGGAUGAGCCGCAGCUACCUCCCGACAACGAGGAAGACGAGGACAUGGAUCUGGACUUUGUACCACAGAGAUAUGAUGAAGAAGAAGUUGGGGUGGAAAGUUAUGAGCAUGGAUCGGAAAGGGAUGGAGGACACGAGAGGCUAAGGGACAUUCUACCGGAUACGCUUCUUGAUUUUUCGUUACCGCCGCCUCCCACACAGAGCUCUGUGAGAAGCACGAAUGCUUGAUGGACAUGGGGGUAUGUAGAUGCACGAAUCCUAGUCGAACGCUGUUAACGGAGUGUCGACUCUUUGGCAGUAUAUUAUAUCUGAAUUACUCGCUUUGUUGGCUUGAGCGAGCAAUACCUAAAUAAUUAUCGUCACUUUAGUGACUCAACCAUUAUGUACAAUAUCACAAAAGCUUUGGGGCACUAGCUGCUCGCAAUUCUGCCAUCACGACACGCCAUGUGAGUAUAGGAAAUACUCGCAAGAGCGAUCGACUCGGUGUGUUUUUCGUGCAAACCAACCAUUGCAAAAUCUCCUACAAGCACAACAAUCUCCAA